AAUUUAUUUUAAUUUUCAUUUUAAAGGUCAAGGGCGAGUGAAUCAAUUAGGAGGUGUUUUCAUAAACGGUCGCCCUCUUCCUAAUCACAUUCGUUUGAAAAUUGUGGAAAUGGCAGCUGCCGGAGUUCGUCCCUGCGUAAUAUCGCGACAACUGCGAGUAUCUCAUGGAUGCGUUUCCAAGAUAUUAAAUCGCUACCAGGAGACCGGCAGCAUCAGGCCGGGAGUCAUUGGAGGCUCCAAACCCCGAGUAGCUACGCCCGAAGUCGAGGGUAGGAUAGACGAAUUGAAGAGGAGAAAUCCGGGAAUUUUCAGCUGGGAGAUCAGAGAUAAGUUAAUCAAAGAAGGAGUGCCCGACCCGCCGAGCGUGUCCUCCAUCAGUCGACUGCUGCGCGGCGGUUCCAGUACGGCUGGCACACGCGCCCGUGACGACCCGGACUGCAGGAAGGACUACACGAUACACGGCAUUCUGGGCGGUGAGCAAUUAUAA